CCUGUAAUCAUGGGAAGUUCUUCGGCAUUGGUUCGAUUUCCUUUGUCGAUGACUUCUAUCAGAUCGAGUUACGGAGUUGAAACUAAUAAGAAAUCACUCAAUAGAAGUGGUGGUGAGGGUUUGAAGAUCUUGGAGAGAGCUCCGGCAUUGGUUCGCUUUCCUUUGUUGAUGACUCCGAACGGAUCGAAUUACAAAGCUUGUACCAUUCCUUAUAGAUUCCCAUCUGAUAAUCUUUGGAAGCUGACUCCAACUGAGGAGACUUGGAUCGAUGUUUUCUUAAAAUCGGUUCCUUCUUUCAGGAAACGAGCAGAAAGUGACACUACAGUCCCUGACGCUCAUAUUAGAGCUGAAAAAUUCGCUCAAAGGUACACAGAGAUACUUGAGGACUUCAAGAAAGAUCCUGAAAGUCAUGGUGGACCCCCUGAUGGCAUUCUUCUUUGUAGGCUUCGUGAGCAAGUGCUCAGGGAAUUAGGAUUCAGAGAUAUAUUCAAGAAAGUCAAGGAUGAAGAAAACAGUAAAGCCAUCUCACUCUUUGGGGGUGUAGUUCGGCUUAAUGAUGCCAUUGAAGAUGAAGGACAACGUAUAGAGAACUUGGUUAGAGGCAUUUUAGCAGGGAACAUAUUUGAUUUAGGUUCUGCAGAGCUUGCAGAGCUUUUCGCUAAAGAUGGAAUGUCCUUUAUGGCUACUUGUCAAAAUCUUGUGCCUCGACCUUGGGUUAUUGAUGAUUUAGACACAUUUAAGCUCAGAUGGAGUAAGAAAUCCUGGAAAAAGGCUGUAAUUUUUGUUGAUAAUUCUGGUGCAGAUAUCAUCUUGGGAAUCCUGCCAUUUGCCAGAGAGUUACUUCGACAUGGUACACAGGUUGUUUUAGCUGCUAAUGACUUGCCUUCAAUCAAUGAUAUAACCUACCCGGAACUCAUCGAGAUUAUUGCAAAGUUGAAGGAUGAGAAUGGACAGCUCAUGGGUGUUGACACUUCAAAUCUUUUAAUUGCCAAUUCUGGUAAUGAUUUGCCGGUUAUUGAUCUCACUAUGGUUUCACAAGAGCUUGUUUACUUGGCAAGUGACGCAGACCUGGUUGUCAUGGAAGGGAUGGGACGUGGGAUAGAAACAAACCUUUAUGCUCAAUUUAAAUGUGAUUCUCUCAAGAUUGGAAUGGUGAAGCACCUAGAGGUUGCUCAGUUCUUAGGUGGAAAGCUCUAUGAUUGUGUCUUCAAGUACAAUGAAGUUUCAAGUUAAUUGUUAACAUUACUUUUUAUCCAAUUUAUUACACAUGUAAGCCUUUAACACUGCUCUUGUAGAAGUGAGAGUUUGAACAUGUAUUGAAGUCUUGUGGCCUUUAUAUCUAAACAAUAAUAGAAAAUCAGACAUGAGCUACAGUCAGUC